AUGUAUGGAGACGCAGUUUUGAUGUGCCUUCUGCUUUGCCCUUCAUACAAAUUAAGUCUGAAAGACGAACAGUGGAUAGAGAAGUAUAAUGCUCUAGCUGAAGUUUUCAAAUUCAAGAAGAUUAAGAAGCCGUCUAAUCUUAGCAGCUUAAAGAAGUACAAACCAAUACUGAGACAUGAUAGUGUGAAUGUUGAGUUUUCUUGUGAAUUCUUUAAACACACCAGUUUUCUAAGAUUCGCCAAAAAUCCAGGUUUUGUAGAUAUAUUUCUGACAUUGGCAGAAAAAAACAACAUUGCUAAGUUCUGCAGAUCAUGGGCAUAUACAAAGAAAGAGGGGGAAGUCUUUUGCUGGCUAUCACCACAACAAACAAAACAAUUGAUAGAAAAACUUGGAGAGGAUAUUUUCAUCCAUCCAACAUGGCAGGAUACAACAAUACACGAGGAUGUAUUUAGAAAUUUUGGUGUACCAAUGCAGAUUUUGAUGCGAGGAGAAGAAUCAGUGAAAAAUUUCAUUGAAAAUCUUAAGAAAGGGGAGACCACCAUGUACCAUGCCUCUGGGAUGAUCAUUGGGUGUGCAGGUAGUGGAAAGUCAACCCUGCUAGAAAGACUGAAGGGCAUCAACCUGAAAGAAAUCCUAGAAAGUUCAAAGUCAACCCGCGGAAUUGAUGUCCAGGCUGACAUAUUUGAUGUAACUGGAAAAACAAUCAAGG